CGCCAAUCUGGAGGAUGUUUAUUGUCAAGAUACGGGGAAAUCAUUAAUGCCGAUACACUUGAGGGCCAGAGCGGCAUAUGGUACUUUUCGUGAACAAUAUAGGGGUGAUGAGAGGAAUCGGGAUAAGAUCACAAAAAAUCUCGAGUUAGUGGAGGGAUUUGAGAACGCAUCCAAGGAGGUUGCAUCUGUCUACAUUUCGCAGGAGGAGGAACAAACCGAGCCAGACCCUCACAUGCUUUCUGCAGAGGAGAACAUCAAUCUCACACAGAACCUGAUGGGUCAUAAUAGGAGAGGAAGAUAUCCUCUACAUGGUGUCGGAGCUUCACCUGGUAUAAGCAUCAGAUCGUCCACAGCAUCCUCCACACCAUCUACAUCGACGAGAGCAGCCACAAGCAGUUUCCAGGCUAUGCCAUUUGUCGCACGUAUCUCUGCGUAUCUGAUUGACAAAAUUGACCCGGAGCUGCAUAUUCAGGUGACUAAUGAGAUGACUAGAGUUGCGCUGACGGCGAACUCGAUGGACGAUCUCAUGGGGUAUGUUAUACAAUAUUUAGGCGGUGCUAUUCCUUAUAGCGCGUAUGGUGGUGUCAUACGGAUCAUUAGCUCGAUUGGCGAUAAUUCCGGCGCUAGACAGAGUAGUGCUCAGAGUGGAGAUAUUAGAGGGAGCAGCACUCAUUCUCGUAAUCGGGAUAGAGAUACCCCCGCCGACGACGAUGGAUGA